AAAGUAUAUUUAUUUUGGGAAAUGAAAAAAGCAAAAGGAGAAGGAGAAGGGGCUGUGAAUUGUGAUCUAGUCAGCGGAGGGCGCGAAUCAAGGGAAGGAAAUGAUAAACUUUGUGCUACUCAUUAGUCGUCAAGGGAAGGUCAGGCUCACAAAAUGGUAUUCUCCUUACUCUCAAAAGGAAAGAAAUAAGGUUAUCCGAGAACUCAGUGGUGUGGUUCUUACCCGUGCUCCCAAGCUCUGUAAUUUUGUAGAAUGGCGGGGACAUAAAGUUGUUUAUAAAAGAUAUGCUAGUCUUUAUUUCUGCAUGUGUAUUGAUGAGGAUGACAACGAAUUAGAAGUCCUUGAAAUAAUUCAUUAUUUUGUAGAGAUUCUUGAUCGGUAUUUUGGCAGUGUCUGUGAACUGGACUUGAUAUUCAACUUUCACAAGGCCUAUUUUAUACUAGAUGAACUUCUAAUUGCUGGUGAGCUUCAGGAGUCAAGCAAGAAAACAGUUGCGCGGUUAAUAGCUGCACAGGAUUCAUUGGUGGAGACUGCUAAGGAGGAAGCCAGUUCAUUAAGUAACAUAAUUGCCCAAGCCACUAAGUGAUGAGAUCCAAUGUUACAGAUGUUGGCUGAUCGAAGUGUGGUCUUUUCCUGCCGAUAUAGUUUAUGUCAAUGCCCUGCUUUUAUUGUUUCGAAGUUGAAUAUUCGAUUUUUUUUUUAAAUCUUUUUUGGUUCUCUGUAUUAUUAUUGUUGGGUACAAUAAAAAAAGAAAGACAUAAGCUAAGUGUCAACAGGUAGAUUCGAUCUUGAUUGAAUUUCAUUUCUCACGAUUGGCAGUUUCCGGUUUUUGUAUACAUGACCUAGUGAUCUACCUGUCUAUUUAAUGGUAAAUUCGUAUGCUUGAGGAAUACUUUUGCUUUGUACAAUGCUUUGAUAUUGAAAUACAGCAGUGUUAAUCAAUUUAA